AUGAGGGUUUCUGGUAGACAGUAUAGAAAUGAACGUGAAUAUCAGCAGAGGCUAAAAGAAACCCUUGAGCGCCUUAAUAAGGAAGCUGAUGAAGCGCUGCUGUGCAACCUGGAGCUGCAGAUUGAGUCCCAGUUCCUGCAGGAUGAUAUAAAUGCCACAAAGGACAGAUAUAAGAAGAACCUCAUGGAAAUCCAGACCUACGUCAAUGUUUUGCAGCAGAUCAUCCAGACAACCCCUCGCGUGUCCCCCAUAACCACUGGCAUAUGUGAGGAAAAAGUGAUAACGGAGAGGAAGAUCCCUGUUCUGCAGAGCCAGCUGGAGGAAUACAAGAGCAUCCUCUGCCAGCUACAGGCACAGAAAUACAAGCUGCAGACAGAGACAACCAUGCUGGAGCAAGCAAUUAAAAACACCCAGGAGAGCUAUGAUGAUGAAAUUCAGCUUUACAAUGAGCAGAUUGAAAACCUUAGGAAGGGAAUAGAGGAGGCUGAGAGGAUCUUGGAGAAGUACACGACUGACUGCCGCCAGCUGGUGAUCUACCAGCAGUCCCUGGAGAACGAGCUGGAGCGGUACAAGCGGAUCAUUGAGAACGAGGACAGCCGGUUAAACUCUGCUAUAGCAGGAACCCCAGUCACACUCUUCACACAGAUCUACAGACCUGCUCAGCCCCAGGUUACUAGGGGAAGAGAUAUCACCCAGGCCGUGCAAGACAUUGCCAGUGUAAAGCCCAGACAAAAAGCACUGACAAAGAAAAUUGCCAGGAAAAAGGAGCUGAUGUCAAAAGACAAAACUGACAGUCACUCACCUGAAAGAAUGUAUGAAAGAACUCUGGAAGGUUUUGACCAAGAUCAGAUGGAGUAUAGGCACGGAGGCUCAGUCAGGUGUGAACCUGGGCAGGAAGGUUCAGAAUUCGAUGAAAAAGAAAUGGGCCCAGAGGAUGUACCUGACGGAGCCCACAUAAGUAAAGCCUUCGAUAAAUUGUGUAACAUUGUGAGGGAGAAAAUAAGAGUCUGCAAGAAACCAGAGGCUAAGCCUGAAGUACCUCCCAAAGGUCGUUAUGUGCUGGUGACAGGGGAGGGCUACAAAGAACCGUGCAUCGUGGCCCCCCCUAUCCCUUCUCCAGGAGGAAUCACAGUUUCCACUGGCAAUGGGAAGGUGAUGAACGGUGGGGAGGUGGAGCCCAUACCAGAGCUGCCAGAACCUGCCGAACCACCAGAAAAAGAGAAAGUGGAUAUCUGUGAAAGGAGAGAAGGGUUUGAAAUCCCAGAUAAACAGAGAGAGGAAGAGAGAGAAGAGGUGCUUGAAUGGGGCAAAAAAACAAGAGGAAAAAUCGAGCAAAUCACGAAGUAUCCGGACAUCUCUGAGCCUGAGACAGUUCCUUCCCCUGGUCUGAUAAGCCCAACUGAGCCAGGACUCCUCCGAGAGACAGAAUAUGAGCGAGAAGACAAGCAGGGCCUUUUGUUCAGGGAAGCAGCCUUGCCUGGCUCUAUGAGCUACGAGAAGGUGGAGGUGGUGGAGUCCAUCGAGAAGUUUUCAGAUGACAAAAUUCAGACGUAUGAAGAGACAGCGAUGAUUGUUGAGACAAUGAUAGAGAAGACAAGCAAGAAGAAACCAGGAGACAAAGGCUCUUAAGUGGCACACACCCCCUUGAUAGUCAACUUGUCUGGCAUAGUUAUUAUAUGACUGUUUGUUGUUUUUUUUCCUGACCGAAUGAUACAGUAGUGAGAUUUUUGCUGUUUGGUAUGGAACAGAUUGAAACCUUGAUGGCAAUUCUGUCUGAU